CCCGAGAACAGUGAGGGCUUUAGGACCAGGAGCCGGGCGCCCGCCCGCCCGCCCGCCGGGCCCGCAGCGUCUUGGCCGAGCGCUGAGCGGUGUGUGAAAGCAAAUUAGCCUGCUCCGGCUUCACAUCUGUGGAUCCGACCUGACCUGAAGGGUCCAAGGAGGACGGGGGUCAGCUCCGCCGGACUGAGACCUCCCGGCUUCCCCCACCCCCCAGCAGACACCCCACAGCAACUGACCCUUCAUGCAAGCGGCGGGGGGCUGGGAGCGAAACACGUGGGACUCGCCCCCUGAGCAGAAAGAAAAUUAUUCUUUCUCCCAAAGAGGAAAAGGGCAUCAGGGUUCGAUCUGAAGUUCCCCCCUCCCCGGCCCCCCGUGGAUGGGCUUUCGGAAGGCAAUUAAAGACAUCCGCUCAGAGAGGACCUGGGCUGGGACCUGGGUCGGUGGUUUUCUGAUUGUCAGUGGCAGCCGGUCUUACACACGCUGCUGGCAAGUGUCAGCUGCGGGAAAAAAAGGACCAGGUUAAGUGAGCUGGCAAAAGAGAAAAAAAAAAAAGCUUCCAAGUGGACCCAGGAAGCCAGGUUGCGCUGCCAGCGUGGAGGACCCCGGAGCGGGAGGAGACAGUGAAGUGGAGCAUGACCUGUUGCGUUUGGCGGCUCCCCGCAGCAUGCUUGUGAGGAAGCGGCGCAGACACGGGCCCUGCCGGCGCCAGGCGCUGCUCGCCCUCUUGGCGCUGGGGUGCGUGCUGCUGAUGCUGGGGGCCCUGCACCCGCCCCCGCACGCCCUGCCCCGGGCGCCCCCAGCCCCGCAGGCGGCCGGGCGCAGCCCCCAGGCCGGCUACCGCCUGGACUUUGGGGACCCCCAGGAGUGGCUACUGGAGUCCGAGGAGGAGGACCAGGAGUACGGCCGCCUGCCGCCCCUCGUCUCCCUGAGGGAGGACCAGCUCCUGGUGGCCGUGGCCUCGCCCAGGGCCGGAAGGAACCGGAGCCGGGGUGGGCGAGGCGGCGGCUACCGGCUCAUCCCGCGGCCGCAAAAGCAGCAGAACCCGGCGGCCCCGGAGAGGGACUGGGCGGCCGAGGAGGAGGAUGGGGAGGACGGAGAGGCGUCCGAAGAAGGGGAGCGGACCGCGCUCAGCCGAGAGGAGGCGCCCAGUGCCCGCAGCCCCCCGCACAGCGGGGGCUCGCGGCAUCCGCUGUGCCUGCAGCAGCCGCCGCCCGCGGACAGCCUGCCCACUGCCAGCGUCGUCCUCUGCUUCCACGACGAGGCCUGGGCCACCCUCCUGAGGACCGUGCACAGCAUCCUGGACACGGCGCCCAGGGCCUUCCUGAAGGAAAUCGUCCUGGUGGACGACCUCAGCCAGCAAGGACAACUCAAGAUGGCUCUCAGCGAGCACGUGGCCCAGUUGGAGGGCGUGAAGUUGCUCAGGAGCAACAGGAGGCUGGGUGCCAGUGGGGCCCGGAUGCUGGGGGCUGCCAGGGCCACGGGGGACGUGCUGGUCUUCAUGGACGCCCACUGCGAGUGCCAGCCGGGCUGGCUGGAGCCCCUCCUGGCCAGAAUAGCUGGUGACAGGAGCAGGGUGGUGUCUCCAGUCCUAGACGUGAUUGACUGGAAGACUUUGCAGUAUUACCCCUCCGCGGACCAGCAGCGAGGAGUAUUGGACUGGAAGCUGGAUUUCCACUGGGAGCCUUUGCCGGAGCGCGAGAGGAGGGCCCUCGCCUCCCCUGUCAGUCCCAUCAGAAGCCCCGUGGUGCCUGGCGGGGUGGUGGCCGUGGACCGACAUUACUUCCAAAACACCGGAGCGUACGACCCUCUCCUGUCACUGCAGGGAGGCGGAAACCUCGAGCUGUCUCUCAAGACCUGGCUCUGUGGGGGCUCCGUGGAAAUCCUGCCCUGCUCCCGGGUGGGGCACCUCUACCAGAAUGAAGAUGCCCACUCCCAGCUUGAGCGGGAGGCCGCCCUGCAGAACAAGGUCCGCAUCGCUGAGACCUGGCUGGACUCCUUCAAAGAAACCUUCUACAAGCACAGUCCAGAGGCCUUGUCCCUGAGCAAGCGCCUGGAGCACACGGGCCGGAGCGCCAUCCGCUACAGCGGCCCAGGGCACCUGUGCUUUGACGUCAGGCGAGAGCAGGUGAUUCUCCAGAACUGCACCGAGGGGGGCCCUGCCAUCCACCAGCAGCACUGGGACCACCAGGAGAAUGGAAUGAUUGUUCACAUUCUUUCUGGGAAAUGCAUGGAAGCUGUGGUGCAGGAAAACAAUAAAGAUCUGUACUUGCGUGAGUGUGAUGGAAAAGCCAGCCAGCUGUGGCGAUUUGACAACGUCAGCACCGUGGAUGAACGGUGAACUCCACCCUCAAAAGGAACACAGAAGUGUGGCCAUCUCAGCCCAGCCCAAGGGAACUGCAGCGGCAUGUGCCGUCCAUGAAGCGGGUCCUUUACAUGUGUGCAGUGGCAAGAGCAGAGACGCAAGCUCCAUGAGUGAAUACGGAAAGUCUUUUCUUCCCGCCCUUUAUUUCACAGGCCACUGUCUCUUUUAGACAAAAAAUAUGGACCCAUUGUCUCCUUGUCUUCAUCACUGGUAGAUGAUCAUGGCAUGGUACAGAAGAUUCUUGGUUUUUUCCCCGCACUGAGCAGUGUACAAUUCCUUUUAUCUCUGACUAAGGAAAGAAGGGGCUUCUCUGGUGGCUCAGCAGUAAAGGAUCCACCUGCCAAUGCAGGAGAAGUAGGUUCCAUCCCUGGGUUGGGAAGAGCCCCUGGAGAACGAAGUAGCAAUCCACUCCAGUAUUCUUGCCUGGAAAAUUCCACAGACAGGGGAGCCUGGCAGGCUGGAGUCCAUGAGGUCAGAAAGAGUUGGACACGACUGAGCAACUGAACAGCAGCAACAGAGGAAAGAGGCCUGGCAACACCUUCAGGACGCAACAUUCCUACUGAUCAGUUUAUUCUAAACUGCCUUACCCUGGACUGUCUGUGUUGACAACCAUAAAAAUUAAAGUGUGAAGAAGGUGCAAAGUUCUGACAUCCAAAAACUUGAGAAUAAGUUUAUGAAGACAAAUUUCAUGUUCAUUGGUUGAACCAUAGCUCAGAUGAAGGAAGCAAGCUACGCAGAGAAAACAGGAUUACAGAGACUUUUGCCCACUUUUCAGCUCAGCCUAGCAGCUGCAGAGAGUCAGUAGACCUGGAGUAAGAUGUCUUCAUGUUAAUGAGAAUUUUCUCGGGACUUUCUACCUCCAUUCACCCUUGCCCUCACUGUUCUCUAGCUUGAUUAACUAUAAUCAGAUUCUCAUGCAAUACGCUUCUCUAUAGUCAUUGGUGUUGGGUCAGCUUAGACUGAACGCUCCCACUAAAAGGAAGUGUGUGCAGUUGAGAAACUCCUGAUGUCCUGUUACCAAGUUUGCAUUGACUGGAUCAGAACAAGCAACUUUUGCAAAGAGGCAAAUCUCCCUGGGAGGGAACUGCCAGCAUCUGAGUCAAAAUUCCUUUGAGAGGAACUAGAGUGGGGUGUUGGUGUCCAUGAGGUUGAAAGGGCUGGGUCUGAGCCCCCAGGAAAUGUCUGGUUACCCUUAAAGAGGCCCACGUCUGAACAUUCAGCCAUAGGAAGAGGCCCACGUCUGAACAUUCAGCCAU